GUGGGGUAGCCUGGCUUUCGAGGGAUAACAUGUUUCCAAAUAAAAUGCAGACGCAAAUGCAGUGAGUUCUCGUUACGCGCAAUAUACCGCCAGAGAUUUCAACAGCCACAAGCUGUGCUAUGAAAGAUGACAGCUGCACUUCGUAGCAGUGAUGGGUCAGAUAUCUGAAAUGGUCAUCCUGAAGAAGUUAACCUGAAUGCAUUUCUUUUCUGAACGGAAUGAUUUCUGUUGUCAAGACAUGUAUGCUGUUGGCUUUUGCAUUAGCCAGCAGUGGCAUUCAUGCGGAGUUUGCAUCCGAAGACUGUGGAGAUGUGCAACAUAAUGUAGAGAAUGGUAUGAUCAGACUCCCCGACUUUUCAGGUGAGAGCAUUCGCGACUUGAAUUGUUCUUGGACUUACACCGCUCCAGCGGGUCGAAAAUUACUUGUCAAGGUAGAUAGUGUGCACCUGCCUCCUCUGGAGUAUCGUACAUCCCAGUUUCAAUUAUAUGUCGAUGACACAUUUUACGAUAUACCUCGGAACUGUGUGAAGUGCCUCAGAGAAAUGAUAGGAGGGGAAGUUUUGAAUGUCAUCUUUACAUCAUACAUCGUUCCUUUUGCCGAAACUUAUGCGAUAGACUCGAAUGAAACUUCUACCAGCUCAGAAGGUAUAGGCUCCUUUCAAGUUCGUUAUAAAGCUUUUGAUCCCUAUCGCUGUGGUAAACCAGAGCAAAUUGAAAAUGGUUCUGUAAUAAGCAAAGGUAGAAAAAUAGGACAAAAUAUUUUUUACCACUGUAAUCCGCCAUAUGAUUUGAUAGGUGAUUCGGAACUCAAAUGCAUCGUAACUCCGGAAACGCCAGUACCAGAGUGGAGCAACAAAGCUCCUAAAUGCAUCCUCCCAGAUUGUACAGGAGAGCCUGUAAUUAAACAAGGUAGUUCUGGAGCUAUUGCUAGCCCUGGUUAUCCGUCUUAUAUUUAUCAAUUUAUGGCACCCUGUUUAUGGGAAAUUAUUGCUCAACCUAACCAACAAAUCAAAGUGAGUAUCAAAUACCUUAAACUGCCGAAACGUACAGAAAAUUCUUUCUCCGAAAAUGCUUCUAGGUUAUCUCUCGUAGAUGGUGACUCUAGUAAUUAUAUUGUUAAUUUGACUGAAUCAAUGACAAAUGGGCCGUUGAAUUUCACUUCCUUGACAUCAAAGCUCACCGUUGAAUUUUUGGUUAACGAUGAUCCAAAGAAAAAGCUGGAAACUGGAUUUUAUCUGGAGUAUUCUGUCGUCUCGAGUUCGUGUGCAAAGCCAAAUGCACCUGAAAACGGGGAGGUUAUAGCUUACAGUACUGCUUUAGGAUCCACGGUUGCGUAUAGAUGCAAGCAAGGCUUUGUACUUGUUGGUGAACUUCAUGCUGAGUGUUUGUUUAACGGUCAGUGGAGUCAUCCAUCUCCAACUUGUGAACCUCUGAUUGUUAACUUACCACCCUUUCUGACAGCUUCUAACGACAGUGAGACGGUAACAGCAAAGCUUUCUGAUCUUCCAACAAACACCACAAAGAUAUUAAAAAACGGGAGGAAAAAAGCUACAGAAUAUAUUGCUAUGAAAGGUGGUCAUAAUUUUACAGAAGCCAAAGAAAGGCCUGCAGUGACAAAAGAUAGUCAGUUGCUUGAAAGUUAUCCCUCGCCUACUGAAAGCAUGAAAGCAAGCGAUAACCACCAUUCUGCGAAGAACUCUGAAAAAGAAACUGGAAACGGACCCAAGUCUGAACCACACUUGUUGCAAGUAGUCCCACCUAAAGAAAAUGGCAAGAAAUCUGUGGAGGAAGAUGAUGAUGACCUGAAUCCUGGUUAUGAUACGAAACCCAUCAAUGCUACCAAACCCCAAGAGCAGUUGCCACCUCUCGAUACUGGAUAUUCCCAAGAAAUUAAUAUCGCCGGCUUGAAGCUGAGCCUCAUGAUGGUUUACGUUAUCGCCGGAGUUGGUAUUCCUCUUGUGAUCAUAAUAAUUCUGCUUGUUGUUAUAUUCAUCUACCGUCGAAAGUACCCCGUUAGAAUGCGAUUUGGUCGAAAAUUUUCAACUUUCGAGAAUCCUAUGUAUGUAACUAAAGACGCUCAGCAUCCAAGAGAGUUAAAAAGGCUAACAAAUUAAGCCUGUUGUCUGAAAAACUUGCGAGCUUGAACUUGUGUAUCGCACUUAAAAUGGCUUUUUUUAACAAAUGACUGGACACAAGUAGCCAUAGUUUUUGAUAAACCUAUUGAUUUUAGUUUUGAGAAACAAUGCCAAAAUAUUCCGUGGGAGAUCAACAAAGAAAUGCACAUAUGUUCGUGUAUGUGAUUCACCUUUCUUUUAUGUUUUACCACAUUUUUUGUACGUUUCUCGUGGGUAAAAUAUUGAGUCAACUGUACAAAAAUAUACAUUUAAUAGGUCGUUAAUGGCAAGCAUAUUGAUUUUUAUUAAACAUAAAGAACUGUUUAAUGAUAUCAUACUAAUCUUCUGCGAGUAUCAGUAAUGUAUAGUUUUUAAUUUAUCAUUUCGUCGGAAUGUAAAGUAAUUUUCCCAAUUUAAACACAAGUUUCUCACAAAAAUAACUGGUAGUCUGGUCCAGGAAGUCUCAAUAUUCACUUGAACGUAACAGAAUUCAAGGGCAGCUUUUAUUAAAUUUCUCGAGUUCUGCAUGCGGAAAUUUCAUCCGGAUCUAUAGAAACGAAGUGAGGGUGAUGUCAAACUGCUUAUCAUAAGAAUCGUGAACCUUAAUGACUUGUGCCAAACUCUUACUUAUUUCGUUAUUUUUUUAUCUCUUUCAGUGAUACUUUUUUGAAGUUGAUUUGCUAUUUUUAACGUUAUUUUAGCGUUUUCCAAACUGCAUUUUAAACUGUAGUGUUUCUCGCUUUAAAGGUGGUUACGUAUAAGGAAUCAUAUGAAUGAUAUUUUUUAUCUGUAGUGCUUAAAAAACAUGAAAUUUUGGCAUUAAACCUGUUAAUUCAUUUAACUUAUUACUAUUGCAAAAGAGAUUGCUUAUGUCUUUAUCUCUGUGAGUAGAAUUAAAUAAAUCCGAUUUGUAUUUUGCGACUAAAAACUGAGAUAUUUGCUAGUAACUUUUGAGGAUGAGCGUUGGUGACUCGUGGAAAUCUGUUGUCAAUACUUCUAAUAAUAUUAAGAGCUGAAAAUUAAAGUUGACUCGUCAACUGCUAACGCUUAACAAGAAUAUUGCUCACCAUUCUACCGAAAAUUUGUAAAACGCACCAGUUCUUAUUCUGUAUCCAAGUUAAUUACAAACCUACUUUAUAGUAAUUUUUCAAGGAUUUUAAUUAAUAAAAUGAACUCUUUCAAAGGUAAUUUUCUAAUAUCUUGCUUUAUUUAAAUUUAGCUGUUUUAACUGUACCAUUGUAUCCGCAGUCAAGUUUGGAAAACGCUUUUUUUAGCAUAAAUUUGUAGCACUGGAAUGCAGACAUCGUCCACAACUACAUGGCCAUGUAUCUGUUUUAUACAAAGACUAAAUGAAAGAAGCAUUUGUAUUCUGUAUUGAAAAGUAUAUCUCAAAGGUCUAUCAGUAUUACUUAUAUUUUUAACAUUUGGAAUCAUAAGACCUUGUACCUUCCAGAAUGUUUCGUAGUGCAUACCGCUAAGCGAUUUUAACUUCAGUAUCUGAAGAGAUCUUUUUUACAUUUAUUUUUCUUACGAACAAAUAUGUUCAAUUAUUUGUGCUUGUUGAGGGCAUUUUGAUGAAAUUUAGAUUGUAUAAUGAGAGAUGCCAAAUGCGUGUUAAUUGUCGUUUUGUACUUCGUGUGUUAAUGGUUAAACUUCCGUCAACCUCUCAUAUCAUAAGCUGCAGAAGCAUGCAAAAAAGGUUAUGCUUCUUAAUUUAAUUCAGCAGUAUUAUUGUUGGAAAUUGUGAAUGUUACAUUUUUAAGAUGUUUUUAAUAUUAAAUAUGAAGACUUCGCUGAAAGUCUUUUGCUGUAUUACCUAUUUAUGUCUAUCAACUGAUAAACCAUGAUGGCGAAUAUAUUCGCAUUAUUUCAUUAAAUAUAUGAUUUUGCUAGACUACGACAUAUCAUAAUUAUUUUAUCUCCAUCAUCUGUCUGAAAGGAAAUAUUUCUCUAUGCACUUAAUUACGUGUAUUAGUCAACAACUGUUGAAUAAUACAAGUAAUUAGGUAAACCAUUCAAGUUAUUGAAUAAUAAUUAAUUAAUUCAAAGAUUCCUUUAAUUAAAUAAAAAAUAAAUAUGUGGAGUUUUGAUUUCUUCACAUUCAGCAGAAAAAAGCUGCCUUUCUAAAAAUGACUGGUUUUUCAUUCUGUUUUAUAUUUUUCAUAUUCGGCGAAAACGCGUUACUUCUCUGCAAAUGUCAUAUUUUCGUUUCUCUUUAAUUUCUCCUCACACAGUAUUUUUUACAAACAACUUUUUCAAUUUUAUCUUCUUGUACGAAGUAAAAAAAGCAUUGUAAUCGGGUAUCAUAUUUCUACGAAAAUAUCCAUUUCAACCGCUUUCGAAACUAUUUGAACGAUGUUUUUGCGAGACAUCUGUACGUGCGGACAGAAUAAUGGACUGUUUUUCCAAAAAGGAUUGUAAAAUGGAUUUAAAACUGACUCAGAAGAGUUUUUUUCUUAACGUUUGUAUGUACGUACUUACGUAUGUAUAUAUCUCGCAUAACUCACGGCUACUCAAGAACGAGUAGCCGUGCACCGAAAAAUCAGUUUUGCGCCCGUUGGCCGAAUUACUUGUUUUUGCAUAGAAACUCUAAUUUUUAUUGUAAAUUGUUUUUAAACUGUUUAAAUGUAUUUGCUGCUUUAUGUUUUGUCUGUAUUUUACAAUUUUUAAUGAAGAUGUUUUGA